CACACUGAACAAACACGACCAUGGCUGCCCGAAGAAGACACCGCCUCACUGAUUGAUUUGGGUUCAAAUGACAAUCAUUAACUCUGCUUUUUUUAAAAAAUCAUAAUUAGAAAUGGACCAGAGAAAAAUAUGAUAACACAAACAUGGAGCAAUAAAACAGCAGACUAUAAUAAGGCGCCACCCUUCCACAUUCAUCAUAUCCUUCAGGCUUCCUCUGGGCAGUGAGUCACUGCAGUUGAUGAGAAACUAUGGAAAAGAAAGCCUGGCUUGCCUCCAGACAGCAGAGUACCGUCUUUCUUUCCAGCAGAGAGGAGGUGUACAGGAUUCCUGCUCUCCACUAUGAUCCAGACCAAAAGAUUCUGCUGGCCUUUGCAGAGAAGCGGAGAACCUCAAACGACGCCAGCACAGAGGUGCUGGUCAUGAAAACAGGAGCGCUGGUCAAAGACGAAGCCACUCUUGAAAUAAGUGUUAAGUGGUCAGUGUCCAGAAACGUGGUGGAGAAGGUCCAUCUUGGUGGAUUUCGUCCUAUGAAUCCAUGCCCUGUCUACGAAAAGACAACCAAGACACUCUUUCUGUUUUUCAUCUGUGUGGAAGGCAACGUUUCAGAACCAUGGCAGAGGUUCUGGGGCGUCAACAAGGCCCGUCUCUGCUACAUGACGACCAGAGACGCCGGUGAGACCUGGAGCUCGGUCACUGAUUUGACAGUAAAUUUUCCUCAGACCAAACAGUGGGCAACGUUUGCCGUUGGUCCGGGUCACGGCCUCCAAACAGAAAGCGGUAGACUGAUCGUUCCAGCCUACGCUUAUGUCUCUCGCUUCCCAUCGUGCUUCUGCGUGUCGUGUUUUUUCGCCGUCUCGCGCGCGUUCUGCUUUUACAGUGAUGACAAUGGCGCCACGUGGCAGCUGGGCAACACGCUCGACGACAAAUCGGUAGAAUGCGAAAUGGCCGAGGUUUCGGACGGCAAAGGUACCAGGUACGUUUACUGCAAUGCCCGCAACGAGGGAGGCUACCGAGUGGAGGCGGUCAGCGACAACGGGGGAGAGGAUUUCCUCACCCUCCCUGCUGCUGAGAAGCUCGUGGAAACACGCGGAGGUUGUCAGGGGAGUGUGGUCUCCUUUCCAGCUCAACCUGGAGUGGCUGGUGCAAAUCAGGAGCCACGGUGGCUGCUUUACUCCCAUCCGACCAGUCAGUCCAAAAGAGUGGACCUAGGGGUGUAUCUGAACAAAUCCCCGCAGGAUCCAAGUGCGUGGAGCAACCCCUGGAUCCUUAAUGAGGGCCCCAGUGGUUACUCUGACCUGGCUUACCUUGAAGGCGGCUGGUUUGCAUGUCUGAUGGAGCGUGGAGAAGCGUCUGAAAUUGAACAGAUAGCUUGCAAUGUCUUCAGCUACAUUCAAGUAAAAAAAGGGAUUGAAAACUAAAACAUUGAUCCUUGCAAACUGAUCUAUUUUUACUCCUUAAAGGGAUUAACAUUAGCGUAGCAUUAAAUCAUUUGCUGAUGACAUGAAGAAAUACUCUCUGAUUACACGUGCUAGCAUUUUUAGAAACUUUGCCAAUUAAUUGACGGAAAAAUUUUCUAUACUUCCAACUGCUUGUCAACUACAGGCAAAGAGAGAUAAAUCAAUGUGUCAAUUACUAGUGAAAUAACUUGUUAUAAAACAACAGAAGUAUUUUACUCAUUAUGCUUUAACCCUAAAAUUAUACAGAUCUUUGGUAGACGCUCAGCGUAAGGAGUUUCCUCCAUGGGCGUUUUGUUGACACACUGGGAUUUUGGUGAUCUGAAGCUAUUUGUCUUGAUUCUUUGUCUAUUGGAAAGAAGCCACUGAUCCCAGGAAGAAUCCCGUUUCACUUUGGGUCCAUGUUGAACACGCAAAUUCCAAGGUCAAAAGUGAACCAUUUCUGCCUUUACAUGCUGGUGCAGACAGAUUAAUAUGCUAUAAUCCUAACAGACUAAAACGGAAAAAGAAAAAAAAAUGGCUGGACAGCAUCCUUUAUACUUCAGAAACACAACUCACACACACAAUGAGAUCUUUUGACUACAGCUCAACUAUUACUGAUAACUAUUCAGAAUCUCACUUGGGAAAAUAUGAGGUAACAGAUUUAAAUGGUGUUUUUCACAUAAACUGUUUUACAUCAACCAACAGUGGGAGAGAAGGGUUAGAGGUGUGAUGAUGUUUCAAAGAAGUCGGGUUUCCUGGGGGUUUUUUAGAUAUAUUUUUGCUCAUCUAUUGAAGUUUUACCUUCGAUCAAACUUUGAUGUGAAAAUAAAUAUCCAAAUAUGAAGUAUUCAAGCCUUUAAGUGAUAUUUAACUGAUGAAUAAAGUGUUAUUUUUCUUUCUACAAGUUUUUUCAUUGUUCUUUAAUUCAGGGUAGCUUGUGGUGUAAAGGUCUGAGGUUCCAAUCCCAACCUCGGGAGAUUUGCUGCAGGUUUUCCCCCCUUUCUGUCUGGUAACUUUGAAUAAAAGUUUUAAAAAGUCUUCUUUAAAAAGCAUUUAGACAGACUUCCAGUAAAGUUAGCCACAUGAAGCCCCUCCCAAUCUCAGUUUAUGAAAUAUUUUGGCACCUUGGAAAUAAAAAAAUAAAAAAAAAGAGGAAUUAUAGACUAGAAUAUAAGGUUUUAUUUUUCUGAGUCCUCUGUCCACAAUUUAUUUCAUAUUUGCAUUGCACCCAUACAAAAUAUAAAAGACUACACCUCAUCAAGGUUUUGUGGUGUAAAAAAAAUGACACACAAUAAAUAAAUAAAAGUUUACAUUUUCCAUCUCUAACGUGACACUUAUUCUGAACAGCUCAUUAGAAAGUUAAUAACAGAAAAAAAUCUAAAUUGGGAAAAGUUUCAACAACCAGGUUGCAAAAGUGUUUGCACGCUCAAACACUUUGCGGAAGAAUCCUUUAAUUCAGUUUUAGUCUUCUUUUUUUAAUUCACACGUCCAUUUAAUAGCUGAGAGUCUGAAUUACUGUCGAUAAAGUAGAACCACUCUGACUUUUGCCAGAAGCCAAAUUUUGUAGAGACGUCAUAAAGGAUAAUAAAGGAUCUCAUUAUAUAAAGGUAUCAGUCAGUUCAAGGCUACAAAAAUGGUCCACAACAAGAAUAUGUCAGUUUUUAGAUUAGUGUUUUCAGUUGAACGACGGAGGAUAAAUAUCACAGAAAACUGAUUAUUCAUAAUUCAUUUUUUUACACCACAAAAACUUGACAUUUUAACCGAGUGAACUAGAGACAAACACUUCAUGUUCCAUUUCAUCUACGACUCUUUUGCUCUUUGUGUGGAUUGCAUCCUUUUUUUUUGGGAAAGUUCAAACGGUUCCAUCUGUAAUGUGGAAAAAACUCCCUCUGUGCUGGAAAAUAUUUAACCUUCACGAGAAGUCUAAUCAUCACACCGCUGCAAGACCAAAAAAAAAAAAAAAAAAAAAAAAAAAACACGGCAGGGGGUUGCUGAUAAACUCGGCUCUGAAAGCGGCUCAAGAUCAGAGCGGGAGCCAGGGAGGGAGGAAUUUCAAUCCUUCUGCACGGCAGGAGAAGGGUCAAGGUCAGGACAAGGUGACGGGCCGAUGAAGAGGCGUGGGAAGAAAAAGCAACCAAAAAGGGAGAGGAAGGAAGUUUUUGCAUGACUGUAAAGAAAAAACAAAAGACGACCGGCGCAACUCAUCAGUUGAGGUCAACUCUGUGCAAUGUUUAUUGCCAUGUAAUGUCUUCCAACAUUGGAAAUAAAACUUCAUUUCAGAAUAAAUAGAUCUAUUUUUGUCUACAUGCUUCUCAGCAUCUUUUCGUAUACAUAGUAUUUACAUUAAUAUAACCCAAACAUAACUGAGGGAACUGAACACAGUGUUUCUGGGCAAAGUAACCCAAUAAAAGCUGUGGUAACAGCUGGAAGCCCGUUUCACAGAUCCAUAAUCACAAAAAAUAAAAAUAAAUAAAUAUCAUGUUUAUAAUAAAUACAUAUUUACUAAGGAGGUCUUCACAUUUCCCAGCACACAAACUGGGAGUCCUGCAGCCAACCAGUGACUUUCACCAGAAAUCAGUCCUACCUACAGCUACAUGAGAGCUGCCAACCAGCAGGGAGGUCUACCUAAAACACAAAGUAAGGCUAAUUCUUUUGCAUUUAUUGUGUAGGUAUCACACUUCCGGUCUGGAGGAUGCUGCAGAAUAACGAUGGAAAGAGUUUAUUUGUUUUGUUUUUCACAUUCAGGCUACGCUUACGUGACACCGUUGCCUGGAAACUGUCAGUAUUUUCGGAUGUUGAUCGGGAAAAAGUCCCAUGAAGACCCAUCGAGUCAGCUGUAGCUGUUAUGACAGGCCACUGGAUGGCGCUGUGAUUUUAGCAUGACAUCGAUGCGGUUUUUACGAGAACUUUCCCAGAGCUGGAUUCGUAAUUUAGGAGACUGCUAGGCAAAAAUGAGCCCCCACUAAGCCUGGUUACAGGUUUUCUGGCUGGUCAAAGGUUAAAUCAGCUUAGGAAGGGAUGUAACGGUAAAUACUGUUCAGUUGAGGAUUAGACCUAUUUAAUAUGCGGUCUAAAUAUCUACGUUUCUAUUAAAAACUUUGUCAAUAUUCUGCAAACGUUGAAACUUUUGAAAACGCAGUGAUUCCUUUAAAUAAGAAACGUAAUUAAAAUCCCACAUGGACAAGUUUGUUCAUGAAAUGUCAUUAAGGAACAUGUUAUGCAAUCAUCCUCCUUUUCUUUGUGGUUUACACCAGUGGCAAUAUCCGGUUGUUGAUCAUGUGACUCUUGUAACGUGAAAGAAGUUUUUCCAUUGCAGUUUUGUGAGAUGAACUGAUUUUGAUGCAGCCAUAAUCCACCUCAUCCUAGCACCAAAACUAUUUAUUGAAAAGUAUUUUUUUUUUUUUUCCGAAAUUAGUAAAUUAUACAGUUAAUGGAAACGUAGCUAGUGUUUCCUUUCAUGCUAGGUGUGUGGUCUAUACACCGAGGUGUGAUGGGGUAUUAGUUCUGUAUUGUGAUGUGUGCCACUCAAACAACAGGUAGCCUAUCAGAGCUAGCUAGCUUCAUGAUGCUUUAGUGCUGGGAAGCGUCUUCUGGCGCCAUCUUUAAAUACUGCUUAAUGUUCAGAGUUUCUUUACACUAAUUUAAGCAGGGUCUUUGGGGAACUUUUCCUUUAAGAAGCAAGAACCUUAUAUGAAGAAAAUUAACAGAUUUUUGUUUUAUUACGACAGCCACAGUAAACCUAGUGCCUAUUAGGUCCUGGAACAGGAUACCAAUUUGCCUAGCUGCUAACCCAGCAUCUAGAACCCCUUUCACAUAAAAAUGCUUUGAAAUAGAAACCAUUUUUUAAUGAAUGCAACAAAACUCUGCACUGUACAGGUUCUACAUCAGUGCUAUAGUACCUCUAAGUUAGAUCCUGUCGGGUGCAUUGAACUCUCAAAACUCAAUUUUCUUCAAGUACAACAAAAAUAGAUUAAAGACAAGAUCUUUAAAUGAUCAGUUGUCAUAGCGAGUCCCCGAGACAGUGUUGAAUAUUUGUGUUUGGUACAAUGCAACCCGUGGCUAACGGCUCCUUUUCUUAGCUAAACAAGCACAAAACAAAACAACCAAAACUCCAAAAGUACAAACUGGUAAAAUGACCCGAGCCUGUUGAAGAAACACCAGCAGCUUCAGAAACACACUCAGACCUGCACGCAGUGAGGACCAAGUGGCUUCAUUUGUUUCAGUCACAGCUAAAUUCUCCAGAACAAGCAGUCAGUAUCAUUUACAGACAUGUUCAAAUGUACUUCCCACAUGUGAAGAGCAUGAGGUAAAACCCUGUUCUGGAAGGUUCUCUGAGGCCAGGGGGCGGAGCUUCUAACGGGAUGGUUGCUACUACGUUGGAUGAACAAUGGGUUGUCUUUUCAACUCCAGUUAGCCACUGUGCUAGCUAGCUUAGCAUGACCUGAUGUUCAGGUCAGCGUCUCGCUGUUUGCUGUGAGGUGGAGGCAGGUCUGGGUCCAGCCAGCGGUCCGGCUUGUUUCCACACAAAUGGGCCAUUUUUCUGGAACUGAACCAAAUGUGCAAGACAGAAAUCUUGCCCACUUCUUUGCAGUUUGUGAAGAAUUAUUAUUAUAAAACCCAUUUUAUUCAAUUUGGGAACUUAGUAGUUAGUUCACAUGAAAGCCAAUCUUGUGGUUAAAAAAAAAAGGAAAAUGAAACACUUGCUUCAUAAACAUAUAGUGUAGUCAAAGUAAUUUGGAGACCAAGGCAAACAGAAGGUGGACAUUUUAACAGCAUGAGAUCCAUCAGAAUCCUAAGAGUUGUGUGGAAACAAGGCUUUAACAGUGCGUCCACAUCACAACGGAUUUACUAGCGUUUCCAUCCCAACUCCCCCACUGACCUCUGCACCUUUAGAUUCUUUUAAUACACAUAUGUUCACAUAUCAAACUUCUUUCAAGCAUUAAACAAUUCAUUUUUCUGUAAAACUCCAGCUCUAUCUGUUCUGUUCUGUUAAUGCCUUUUCAAGUACUGAUUAUACCUGGUGUCAGUUAUUUGCUGGGUUUCAUUUGACUGUUCACAUUUAUUCAAACUAUUUCAGUACUCCUGAUCUGGACCUAGUUCUGCCAAGAAGCAAGCACAGAUUGUCGUUUGAUAAGAUCCUGGAUGGAACCAAAACGUACUAGACUUAAGUUGAAGUGUAGGAGAUUUGUGGUGCAUUCAAUUUGUACUCGGAAGUCAGAGUUUCUGAGUUGCAAGCCAGAAAAAUACACAGUAACAGAAUUCUGACUCGGAAAAUCAAACUCAGUCUUAGAAUCCAAUAUGGCUGCCUUCUUCUUCUUCUUCUUUCUAUUAUUUAGGGGUUUUUUUUAUUGGUGGUAGGCGAUUGGUGCUUUUACUGCCACCUACCAAACCGUAGCGUGGACGUCAAUGAUCUUUUGUAUUUUUAAGUUGUUAACGUUAUUGCCACCUGCUGGCGCUACAUGUGUAUUACAGCGUUAAAGAUUGUGCAGACCUUGAGACAUGCAAAUCAACAACUUAAUUACACUUUUUAAAAAUUGUUUUCUAAGCAUCGCAGCCAUGCUGAAUUUUUUACGUUGACUAAAGAUUUCAGGUGCUCCAGUUAUUUUCGUUUUUACUGCUUAAAAGUCAGAAAUGACAACUACUGAGUAGAAACGGAACACACCAGAAGAUCAAAUUAAAGUUAUGUUCACAAUGUGAACCACAAAAAUAAUCCCCACAAACAACCAGGGAAUAAACUAUGUGAUUCCACAAAUGCAUAAAAAUGAAUGACAAAACAUAAAUUAUUCUAGGGAAUAACUGAACGCUGCAACAGAAUAGACUCCCAUUGUAUUAGACAAGCUGCUGCAACAGCUUUAUGACAGUAAAGCCCUUCACAUUAACUCUCACUGCGGAAAGGGGUAGGUCCCAAAAUGCCACACUGUUACAAAAAAAACCCCUGUUUAUUUGGUAAGGAGCUUUUUGUUGGACACCAACCACGUUUAGCUUAUUCUGGCAAAAGUUUGGUCAGGUUUGAAUCACUUAGUUUCCGCAGAGCAGCCAGCUGUGUUAUGAACGCACAGAAAACUGGGAGCAGGGCCAGUUCCUCCCUUAUUUGGUCUUCAUGUGAGCUGUUGAUCAUUAAACAGCCGCAACCAAAGCUAACCCGGUGGAAAUAAAUAAAGACAGAAGCCGAGUGUAAUCUGUAACCGCGACUAUUCCAGCAAAUCACUUAAAACACGACGAGACGCAACAGGCUGGCUCAGGUUUGGCCGCCUUUCUGAGAGGGAACCAAAGCUCCACCAAACCAUUCACAGUGAGGGAUUUCCAGUGGAAGACUUAAAUAAGCCGUCCCCCGGUUAGAAAGCAAACAAUAAAACCACUUUCAAAUAUAUGUUGAAAAAAAAGUUAAAUGCAUGAAGAAACAUAACAUCACACAAAUGAAUACUUGCAUACAGCUCUCUGAAAGGAAAUCAUUGAGAACAUUGUGUCUGCUGAUGCGGCACCACACCCCUGUUCCUGCAGGUUUCAACCCCUUUAACAUAAUCUAUUUUUACUUUUUAUUGCACUCUGCAGAUCGCAGGCAGGGACUGCUUGACAUGACUUCCUGUGUGAAGAAAGAAAUCUAAUAGUACUGGGCAGACUUUUACAGAUUUUCCACAUUUCCAGGUAGGUACAGUACCGGCCACAUUUACAGCAGGUUGAAGAUAAAUACAAAUCCUUCAAAUAACAUGAUUAUUAAUGGCAGCAGUGUACUAUGGAGUGCCGUUUGGAAAGUUACACGGUCAAAAAUUAGCAGUAAAUAAAGUCUGUUAAAUAAAAAAAAUUAGUGUUAAUUUUUCCAAGUCAUAAUUUCAUAAUGUUCAUUUAUUUAGGAAUCUGACAGUUGCAGACUAAACUAAAUAUUUAAUUAGUAAACCAAAUAUUUAGCUCCAAACAUAUUAAACUAGCAUUUCAUUUAUCAUGUUCUGUGUUCUGCUGCAGGAUAGUCCAAGCAGGAUGUAGCUCCAGAAGUUAAGAUGCUCGGUACGCCCUCUACUGGCUACAAGUAUAUUGCCGGGGGAAAGAAUCCUAAACCUAAAGGACAUUUUAGACUGACUUGCUGGGGGGUUUUUUGUUUUGUUUUGUUUUUGUGUCUUUGAGGAAGUUGGAGUUCACAGAAAGGC